AUGAAUUAUUUCCUGAAAUUUCUUUUCAUUGGCUUUAUACAGCACAUUCUUUCAUGUCCAGAUGGAAGUUAUCCAAUAGUGAACGAUGAUGAAUGUUUGUGGGCAAUCGGGGAUUCCAUUCCCUACCUCCCAGCCACUCACUGGUGUGCUUCUUUGGGAGCCAUGACGGCGAAGAUUCGAAAUAUUUACGAGAAUCAGUUCAUCUUUGCUAUGAUACCAUUGGAAAUCAAUGCUGGUUUGACUCCCUAUAUUGGUGUUGAGAGAGCCGGUAACAACACGUGGUCAUACGCUGAUGGAUCGCCGCUAAUUUAUGCAAAUUGGGCUACAAAUGAGCCACAGCUCACAAACACGAGCUUCUGUGCAGUCAUGAAUCCGGACACCGCGAAAUGGUAUUCAGCUGAUUGUUCAACUCCCCGGCCAUUCAUUUGCACAGCUGUUCAACCAAACACAACAACAACAACAACCACGACGGCUACUACGACUACGACUCUUCAAACAACAGCACACUCAACUCCAACAUGUUCCGAAGGGUGGACUUACUACGGGAACACGGAUUCGUGUUAUUAUUUGCAUAAUUUCACCUUUGACAAUCAGGAUACCUGGAAACUGUACGACUUUCAAAUAGCCGAAGGGCAAUGUCAAAUAAUGGGAGCUCAUUUGAUUUCGAUUCAUUCGGCUGGCGAAGAUGCAAUUGCUUACGAGCUUCUAAUGUCAAACGUGGACUACAUUCGACCGGUUCCAAUCGAGAAUCCGUGUGCCUAUCAGUGGGGAUGGAUUGGGUACUACAAUUGGGGAAAUGGAGAGAAAGGACAGGGCAACUGGACUGAUGGAUCACCCGUUGAUUACAUCGAUCGAACGUCGUUUCCCCGAUAUCACUACCGAAUGAUUGGCAAUGACCCUUCAUGUGGAAUUCGAACUUGGUCAUCGGCUACCGCUUACGCUAAAUUUGCUCGUUUCAUAUGUAAAAUGCCGGCUGGCCGAAAGUUAAUAGAA